AUGCCUAAAUCAAAAUCUAAAAUUUCAAAGUCAAUAAUUACAUCUACAACAACUAUUAUUGGACUUAGUGAAGAACUUGAAUCAACAUUAUGCUGUUCAAAACGAAAUUGUUCAUCUUAUUGGCAUGAUCAUUUAACUGAAAAACUUAAAAUUCUUCAACAAACUAAAAUGAAAUCAACUUCUUCACCUUCAAAAUCUAAACGUUGUCGUAAAUUAAUACAUUCAAAUAUUCUUUCAAAAUUAUUUCUAAUCAAUACAAAAGUAAAUGCACAAGAACAUGGAAUUUAUUCUACGCCAGUAGAAAAAUCAAUUAUACUUGAAAAACAUGAUAUAUUUGCAAAUCAAAUAUUGAAAACAUUUGAUACGAUAGAUAAUUUACCAUAUUGUUUUACCAAAACUAAUCUUCAAGCACAAUUACAAUAUCGAAUGAUUUCAUUAGCAGCUGAUCCAUUUUCUGAUCAGAUGGAUCGUAUGGAAAUGGCAAGACAAUUAAAAAUUAAUCUUCUUCGUAUUAAUCAUGUUCAUUUAAAUAGUCGUUUACCUCUUAAAAUAAUUUCUGCACCUAUAUGGACUCCUUAUGCUGUACAUGUUGUUGUACAAGAUGAAAAUGCACAUUGCCUUCGUUUAUCAAUUUAUAAUUGGUCUCAUGUUAUUAAUACUCGACAAACUAAAUCAUAUAAUUAUAUUCAAGAACGUUUAAGAUGUCUUUUACCAAUAAAUUCUUGUAUUGUUUUAUUAGAUCCAUGGUUAAAAAUGUGUCAAGAUGGUGAUAUAGCAUUACGUUGUGAAUCACCAAAUACACAUUUAUUAAUGAUUGAUUUUGAAACACGAUGUUUAGCAAAUCAUCGAACAAAUGUUGAUCAAUUACGUGAAUUAGGUAAUACAUGUUAUCAAGCUGAUGAUAAUCUUAGUGCUACGGAAUUUUAUACAUAUGGUUUAAGACAAAUUGAUGAACAAUAUGAAAAACAAUCAACAUCAAAAGGAAAAAUAGAUGAACAACAACAUCAACAACAUCGUAUUCGUCUAUUAUCUAAUCGAUGUGCUUGUUAUUUACGUGAACGUCAUGCUGCUUUAGCAUUAGCUGAUACAAGUAUACUUUUAUCAAUUGAUGAAUUAUCACAUGUAUUUGAAUCACCUAAAACAACUGCUGGCAAACUUCUUUAUCGUUGUCUUAGUGCUCAUCUUUAUUUAGGUUUAUUUGAUAAAGUUGAAAGUCUUAUAAAAUCACAUAAAUUUGGUACGAAUGUAAUUAAUGGACAAGUUUUAGCAUCGAUAGGUAUACUUGAACGUGAAUUAAUAAGACUUCGAGAUGAAAGUAUCAAAGGAAAAUAUGAUAUUCAAGGAAUGCUACGUGAACAAAUUGCAAUAAAUAAAAAUGAUAAACCUUCAAUAAUGUUUAUUGAUUUACCACAUUAUCAUAGUGAAUGUAAUCGAAAUGAUCUUUUCGAAAUACGACCAUGUCAACCUGAGGAAUUAACUAAAAAUGGAUAUCCAAAAGGUUCUUAUGGUGUUUAUGCUUUGAAAAAUAUUGAAGCAGGUACUUUAUUAGUUGUUGAACAACCAUUUGCUAGUAUUGAUAAUAGAAUUACUAAUGAACAACGUUAUCAUUCAAUUAAUUUUUCACAAACAAAUAAUAAAACUUGUGAUAUUGAUUAUUAUAAUGAUGAUAUAUUACGUUUAUUAAAUGAAGUUGAAAAACAAUUAUUAAUUGGUAAUACAAGCUGGAAAACAUUUAAUAAACUUAAACUAAUACAACCAAUUCGACAAUGGUUAAGUCAAUUAAAAACUGAUAAAGAAUUGAAUAAAGAAGAAAAUGAUGAAACAAUAUUUUCUAAACGAGUAUCACCCCCAUCAUCCAAUAUACCAUGGCGUAUUCUUUUUGAAACUCAAAAACAAAAUCCAUUCAGUUCAAAAUCAACACUUGGUUGGUAUCAAAUUGGUUCUAUGUUUAAUCAUUCUUGUUUACCUAAAUGUUUAUGGUAUCUUAUUGGAGAUUUUCUAUUUAUUUAUGUUUGUGCAUCAAAUAUUCGACAAGGUGAUGAAUUAACUAUUUCUUAUUGUCCAUUAUGGAUAUCAUCAAUAAAUGAACGCACAUAUUAUUUACGUCAAUUUGGUAUAAAUUCUUGUCGAUGUUUACUUUGUUCUUAUGAUCGAUCUAAUAUGCCACAAUAUGAAAUUGAAUUAAAAAAAUUUUCUAAUUUACGUGCAUUAUCAAGACAAAAGAAUCUUUCAUAUAUGCAACGUUUUAAUUAUAUACAAAAAUUAAAAUUAAUUUAUGAAUUUUUAAUAAAAAAAUUUCGACAACGUCCGAUUGGUUUUAUAACAGAAUUUAUUGAUUUAGAAUAUCUUACACAUUAUUGUCAACAACAAUAUCGUGAUACAAAUAAUAAUGAAUUAGAAAUUCAAAAAUUUUUUGAUGAACGAGAAUUAUCAUUUCUUGAACGUUUAUCACGUGUUUGCCAUUUUACAAUUAAAGAUCUACCUCAAAUCGAUAAUCCAAUUGUAUUAUUUGGAACACAGAUGCAAUUACUUGUUUAUUAUCUUGAACAUUGUUAUACACGAGUACAUACGUGUGAUUUAAAACAAUGGAAUCGUUUACUUGAAUGUCUUUAUGAAAUAUAUACAUUUAAAUGUCAUUCAUCAGCUACUGAUAUGCAAAAAACAUUAAAUGAUCAUGAACAACUAUUUACAAAUCUUCUACAAACACAAACAUUUAUUCAACAUCCAUUUAUUUUAUCAUGA